AUGUAAAAUUUAAAUAAAUAAAUAAAUAAUACAUUCAGUUUAGUCUUAUAUUAAUUUAUUCAAACUAGUGUUUUCAGAAAGCAUUUAUUAUAAUAAGUUUUCUGCUUUUAUUAAUUAAGAUUUAUAUUAUUCCUUUUCUAAUAUUAUUAAUUCUAUGUUAUUAAUAUUACUAUAUUAUUAUUAAUUAUUUUGAAUUUGAUAACAAUUUCCAUCGUUAUUUUUAUUUUAAUCUUAUAUAUAUUACUAUUAAUAUUACUAUUAUUAUAAGGAAUUAUUAUUAUCAUUAUUAUAUAAUUUAAUAUUUUAUUUUUUAUAGUUUUAUUAAUAUUCCAUAUUAGGAUAUAUAAACUGCUGUUUUUAAAAUACAUAAUUAUUAUUUUUGAUUUAUUAUUAUAAAUAUAUAUUAUUUAUUUAUUUUUAUUAUUUAAUUAUUUAAACAUUUUAAUUUUAUUCUUAUUACUUUAAUUAGCUAUCAAUUGA